CAGAAAAAUUUAACAAGUUGGUUGUAAAUAUUGCAAGUCGGGUGAAUGAUUUGAAUGUUGCUGUGAAUUUAAGUGUGUAGGAUUAAUUCAAUAGAACUUGUGAUGAUAAGAAAGAAAGUUUUAAUUAGCAAGCACUCUGAAAAUUGUUUAACAUAAAUUAUACCACAACUUGCGAGUGAAGUUGAAAAUAUGAAAAGUUUUAUAAUUAACUUUUACGCUCUGGUGUUAAUUUUUCAAGGAACAAAUUGUGAGACACGUCACAACAUUCAAAGACGGAGCACUUGUUCACAAUGCAAAGAUCCAAAAAUCAAAGCACAUCCUAAAAACAUAACCGCAACUUUGGGUGAACGAAGUAAAAUAGUUCUAAGAUGUCGAGCCACAGGUGACCCUCCCCCUACCAUUGUGUGGACAAAAAACAACAGAUUGAUUGAUGAACAUGAUAAACAUUAUAAUGUAUCAAAUAAAAAUAUAUUAAAAUCAGGGUCAGUAGUUAAAGCUGUUAGAUCACAAUUACUCAUUCGAGGUGUUCAUAACAUUGACUAUGGAUUGUAUUCCUGUGUGGCGAAAAAUCAAAUGGGUUCUGUGAAGAGCAAAUAUGCAUUUGUAUCAAUGAGGUCGCAUAUUGCAAACCCUGACACUAUUCCAGGAAGUUCAACUUAUGGCAGGGAAGGAGAUUGUACAAAGAAUAUCACCUUAACUUGUCGACCAUACCUGGACCCUACUCGAACGAUUUUCAAAAAAAGUGAAGCCAAAUAUUUUUUGAAUGGAAGAACUCUUACAGAACUUGCAAGUAAUUUGGAUUCACAACAGGACAUUACUAAAAGAUGUCUUGAUGUAGCUAUCGCUUUUUUGUGUUAUUAUAAUUUUCCUUACUGUGAUGCAACCUCAAAGCAACCCAAGCCCAUUAGUAUAUGUCGAAAGGAUUGUAUUUAUGUGAGCAAUCACGUAUGUUCUAAGGAAUUGGAAACAGCGAAAAAAUAUGCAACCCUAAGUACUGUGCUUCCUCCACAUUGUAAUGACCUCCCUACCACAAACUGUACUUCCAUGGGGCAUGAAAUGCUGAAAGUAGCAGCUUUCCACAAUGCCAAAAUAAAAACAAGUACAAUUACUCCUCAUAUUGGAUCGACGGAAAAAGAAGGUAAUAGUCACACAAUGAAUGGUGCAGACAUCGACCCAAGUGAUAAUUGCUAUUUUGGCGAUGGACUGCAGUAUCGUGGCGUCACAAACAUGUCCGAAUCGAAUUACCCCUGUGUUGAUUGGUCACGAGUGGACGCAGAAAACCAAUACCAACGCAUGUUAGCUGGUCAUAACUUCUGUCGCAAUCCUAAAUCGAUGUAUGACCGACCUUGGUGUUAUGUUUUGGUUGGGAAUAAAUAUGAGUACCAGUACUGUGAAAUACCCCAAUGUGCCAUACCAGUCCAAUCCCAAACAUCAAGUAUCCUCUACACCAUCAUUCCCUGUCUCUUAUUCGCAUUGGCAUUAUCGUUAGCCAUUAUUACGUUGGCAUGGCGACGACACAAACAACAUUAUUAUCAAUCCGCACCUAGCAGUCCGAAACAAGUUGUACCCAGGGUGAAUCCAAAGAUUCAAGAAUUGAACAGAGAAGAUUUAUGUGACUACCGUUUGCUCGGUGAUGGAAGUAUUGGGCGUGUCUAUACAGCAGAUUACACCGGAAGUAAGGACGGGCAGACGUUCACAGCAUGUGUAGCAGUUAAGGCCAUCAUCGAGAAAGCAACGUCAAAACAAAUUGAAGACUUCGUACGGGAGGCUGAAACACGUGCGAACUUCAAACACGAGAAUGUAAUUGCUCUGGUCGGUGUAAUCAGUAAAGAAGAACCGCUGUCGUUAAUCUACGAAUAUACCGAGUUCGGUGAUCUUCAUGAGUACCUAUUACGACAUUCUCCGAACUUCAGCGACGCUCAUGCGAAUGAUGACUGUGCGCCGUUAGAAUACGCUGACUUGUUGGUCAUCGCUACACAAAUAGCCAGUGGGAUGUCUUACUUAAGUACACAUGCUUUCGUGCACAAAGACUUAGCAGUGCGUAACUGCGUUGUUGUGAAUAAUGGUAUUAUUAAAAUAUCUGAUUUCAGUGGAUUAUGUGAUAUGUACGCCGGUGACUAUUACAGGGUUCCCGGUCGGCAACCCUUGCCGGUGCGUUGGAUGUCACCGGAAAGCAUAUCAGAGACAUGUUUUACAACAGCAAGCGACGUGUGGGCGUAUGGUGUGGUUUUGUGGGAAAUAUUCUCUUACGGUUCCAGACCGUUUUUUGGACUGAGUAAUUAUCAAGCUAUGGAGCGUAUUUUGGAUCUUGACUUGUUGUCCUGUCCAGAAAAUUGUCCUAAUGUCGUUUUUAACAUGAUGCUCAGUUGUUGGGAAACAGAGGCAAAUAAUCGACCGGCUUUUGUUGAGAUAUAUAAUAGAUUGAAAUCUUUGCAUGAUAUAACGAACUGCCCAUCCAGUAUGCAACUUCAUCCACAGUCCUCUAUGCACAGCCUACCAACGACACAUACUUCGAAUGGUCAUGCCACUAGGGAUGUAGCGCCAAGCUCCUUUCAUCGACCGUCUAUAUCAAAAAGCCACGAACAAUCCCUGCAUUCGAGGCAUUCGUCAAAUCAUUCGAUCAAUAGUAACCCUUACCCACCCUCGAUGCAUGGCUCUAUACCGCCCUCUCUGUUAAGCAUGCCACAAUCUGGUUCUAUCAGAAACGGAUGUGUCAACCGGAAUCACUCGCUGCCUCGUGAGGCGUAUCAUUCGUUUUCAAGAAACGGUCACCACUCUUUGUCUCGCAAUAGUCGACAAUCACUCUCUCGAGAGGGACAUUAUCCGCGUGACGCUCGCCAUCAUAACAUGGCACGCGAUAUACAUUAUUCCUAUCCACAUGAUGACAUGCGUCCUCCUUCCAAUAAUGGCAGCCAUCACCCGUCUUCUAUUGGACAUCCAAAUGGCUGCCACCCUCCCGCUAGCUACAUCUCAUCACUUCAAAGCUACCCGUCAUCGGUGACAGGACCUCCCGUGUCAGUAUUUAGUCGGCAGCCGUCAAGCCGUACAAGUUCUCGUGCGACGUCAAUCAAAAGUUACGACGACGGACACCACGAAAGUGCAAUGGGGUCGCAUAUUUUAUAUAUAUGAGUCGAGUACUGCGUGGGUGUGCGUCAUGUAAAAGCGUCGUCUUCAGUUGGAUCAGAUGAAAUAUUUUACCGAGAUCGAACAUCAAGUUGGAAUCCCCUGAUUAAGCAAACAUACCCCAUUGAAGCUAGGCUGAAAACAAUUUUACCUAAGUUGGAUUUUUGGCUCAUUUCUAUAUGCUAAACAACCCAGAAGAGAUCUGGAAAGAACAUUCAAAAGCUGAUUAAGAACUACUCCAUCUCAGUGAUUAUUUUCUUCUUAACAUGGAGUUUAACUUUCAUAAUAUCUUUUGCAAGUUAACUAACAAACUGAAUGUAGUUUUUCAUCCUUUUAAAAUAUACACAGUGGGGGAGACGAAUAAGUUAUUGCCUAUAGUUUUGUUGGUUUAUUUUGAUGAAUUAAUUUUUAUAUACUGUUUAUAUUGUAUAUAACUAUCAUAGAACAAAUUUUUGUUUUAAA